AUGAAGAAUUUUACACUCAUCUUCGCUUUAGUCAGCUUCGCUACUGCUGUCGUCGCUGCACCUUUUCCUCAAUUCCCUAUCUGCACUUUCGAUCCCGCCAAAGGCGAAUACGUGUGCCCGCCACCGCCGAUCUGCACCUUCGAUCCUGUCAAAGGCGAAUACGUAUGCCCAACUACAGCGGUCUCCGAGCUCACCACGUCUGCCGAGACCAGUUCCACACUCUCCGAGGUCACCGCUGCCAAGUGUGGCGUAGAAGGUCUCCACAAGUGCACACGCGAACGUCAGGGUGCUGUCUGCAAGAAUGGUCAGUGGGAGGUGAUCCAUCGCUGUGCGACCGGUCAGCAGUGCGAUAUGAAGGAGGGCAAGCUAUGCUGUCGCAUCCGCGGCCCUGGCUUCGCUUGCUAG